AUAGUUUUCAAGAUGGCGGCCUCCAUCGUGAAGCUUUUAGCACCUUGGACGCCCAGGUUGUGUCCGGUUCGGUGGACUCGGUAUAACCCGUACUACCUAGAACCCGAGCCUCGUAAGGAAGUGUACUCCAUCCCUGAGUCAGAGCUCAGUCCUGAGCAGAAGGAGGAAAAGGAGCUGAAAACCCUGAGACCCAUCAAAGCAGCCAAGAACAGUGCCACCAGCUCGCAGUUCGACGAUCCAAUGAUCAGCAAGUUCGUUAACAUGAUCAUGCAAGAUGGCAACAAAGUCCUGGCACGAGGGAUCAUGACCCAGACUCUGGAAGCAAUGAAGAGGAGGCAGGUGGAGAGGUACCACCGCUCUUCGCCAGCCGAGAAGGAGGCCAUCGAGUGUAACCCGUACGCCAUCUUCCACCAGGCCAUAGAAAACUGCAAACCCAUCAUCGGCCUGGCCAGCAUUCAGAAAGGCGGCAGGAACUACCAGGUUCCUGUUCCUCUAACGGAUAAGCGUCGCCGUUUCCUGGCCAUGAAGUGGAUGAUCACAGAGUGCAGAGACAACAAACACCGGCGCACACUCAUGUACGAGAAACUCUCACAGGAGCUCCUCGCUGCUUUCAACAACGAGGGCAACGUCAUUAAACGCAAACACGACUUGCACAAGAUGGCUGAAGCCAACCGGGCAUACGCACACUACCGCUGGUGGUAACAAGGGAGCGACUUUCAGGGUUCUUCUCUUCACACACCCACCCUGCGUUUCAGUAACAAUUAGGACAGGAUUGGAACACACCUUGGACUGGGUAUGUUGUGUCAGGUGUAUCACAGUUACAUCAGAGGCUGUGUGAUCUAACAUCUUAAAUUAACCUGAGAUACAAUACGAACGUAUUUGGACUCCACGAGAUUGAAUCUGCGACUCUGCAUUCUGAUGCCUGUUCAAUGCAAUAAUGUGAACAUGUAUAUGAAAAUGUAAUGUGUGUUUUUCUAUUAUAACAGUUAAUAAAUUAUUAAAAACCUU